GUCAGAACAUCAAGUUCAAUAAAAUUCUUAAUUCGACCGCCAGUUGCUGAUAUGGAUUCAACAUGUGAAACAAGAAAUGUUGUGUACACUGAAAUUUUGCAUGCGGCGACAUGAUGAUAAAUCUGGGUACUUUGUAGAAGGCAGGUUGUCAAGAAAUGGAAGAGCGUUUGAUUCCAAUGAAUGAGAUUCUCCCAGGAACGAAGGAAUGGAAAUGCAAGGUGAGAGUGAUCAAGAAGCAAGAACCUAAGCAAGCUAACAAUAAUCCUAAUAAAUUUCAGAAAUUAAUCUUGGGUGAUGGCUUGGGCCACACUCUUGAUGCCGUGAUAUUCCAUGAUAAUAUAGAUAGGUUCAAACAUGUGCUUCAAGAGGGUAAUGUUUACAUGGUGAAAGGAGCCUAUGUUUCUGAUCCAAAGCAAUACAGGAAUCCAAUUAUGACAUGUAAUUACCAAUGCACGUUCAGAAAAGAUACUUCGGUGAAUGAAGAACCAAAUGAUUCGAUACCUGCUGGUGGACUAAGUUUUAGAACAACUCCAAGUUGCGAGUUCCACAAAUUCCUCUCAACAAAGACAUUGAUCAGUUAAGCUAAGCAACUUAAUU